CUAGGACUAUCGGUUUUAUUAUUAAUGUCAAACAUUUGGAAAUGCAUUUUAAUUCUAUUGGAAAUAAUUUACAUUAAUAAGACAUUUAUUUAACAAUAUGGGCUGUUUUUAUUCUAGGCGAAUUUUGGAGGAAGACCUGGUUUAUGACAUGUCUCCGAUCAGACAUUUGCCAGUUAUAUUUGUGAACGGAGUCCCUGGUGCUGGGAACCAGACAGUCGCUGAAACAAUGGCCAGUAUCACAGGAUAUAUGAUGAUAAGGCCUGGUGAGCUGAUCAGGGAAGAAGCUGUAAAGGAUACUGCGCGGGGGCGAAUGGUCUCUGAUAAGUUACAGGCACAAGAAGAUAUUUCUGAGCAAGUAACCGUGGAUUUGAUAAAAGAAACGAUGCUACUAAAUCAAGAUGCGAAGGGGUACAUUCUGGUGGGCUUCCCCAGAAAUCCUAGGAUGUCAAGCAUUUUCAAUAGGCAAGUCAAGUGGCCCGAGAAAAUUGUUGCUUUGGAGGUGGACAAUGAGUUAGCAGCAGCAAGACUGCAAAGCAAGCUUUCGGAGUUAGGCCGACCGGAGUCAGAAAUCAACGCAGCAAGACAAAUUGUGAAACAAGCCGCGCACAAAGUGAAGAAUGUUCACAAACGAUUUGGCGGACAUGUAGUUACGCUUGAUAGUAGCGGGAAUCCAAAAGCUUUAGCGAACACAUUAAAAGAAAUUCUCUCGGACACGAUAGAGAAGGCACAGAAAAACCAAGCCCCCACUACAGCAUCAGCACCCGCUGUGAUGACCAGCCCAGACUUGGAGACGGAAGUAGAAAUAGCCACGUGAUUUUAUAGUUGUAUUUAAUAAACGUUUUAAUCUAU